GGAGGGAGAAGAGGGGAAGGGAGGGGGAGAAGGCACUUGGGCUGCAGCUCGCAACCAGAAGCAGCCUCGCUCAUCUCUCGGAGGGACAGGGAGCAGCAACCGCGGAGUAGGAUGCUCUGCGGGGCGCCCUGAGCCGGGGACGCGUGGAGCAGGUUCGGGGGCCGGGGCCACAGGGCAGCUUUCAGCAUGCAUCAGUCCCUGACUCAGCAGCGGUCCAGCGACAUGUCCCUGCCCGAUUCCAUGGGAGCCUUCAAUCGGAGGAAACGAAACUCCAUUUAUGUCACCGUGACUUUGCUUAUUGUAUCUGUGUUAAUUCUCACGGUCGGCCUUGCUGCAACAACCAGGACCCAGAAUGUGACUGUUGGAGGUUAUUACCCGGGAGUGAUUCUCGGCUUUGGAUCAUUUCUUGGAAUCAUCGGAUCAAACCUUGUUGAGAACAAACGGCAGAUGCUGGUGGCUUCUAUCGUCUUUAUCAGCUUUGGAGUGAUUGCAGCCUUUUGUUGUGCCAUAGUCGACGGGGUCUUUGCUGCCAGACACAUAGAUCUGAAACCACUCUACGCUAACCGGUGCCACUAUGUCCCCAAGACAUCCCAGAAGGAAGCCGAGGAGGUCAUAAGUUCCUCAACCAAAAAUUCUCCUUCCACGAGGGUUAUGAGGAACCUUACCCAGGCAGCUAGAGAGGUGAACUGCCCCCACCUCAGCCGUGGUUUCUGCACACCUCGCAUCCGGGGCAACACCUGCUUCUGCUGUGACCUCUACAACUGUGGCAACCGCGUGGAGAUCACUGGUGGCUACUACGAGUACAUCGAUGUGAGUAGCUGCCAGGACAUCAUCCACCUCUACCACCUACUCUGGUCUGCCACCAUCCUCAACAUUGUUGGCUUGUUCCUGGGCAUCAUCACUGCCGCCGUCCUUGGAGGCUUUAAGGACAUGAGCCCAACUCUUCCAGCACUGAACUGUUCUGUUGAAAAUGCCCAUCCAACUGUUUCUUACUAUGCCCGUCCCCAAGUGGCAUCCUACAAUACCUACUACCAUAGCUCUCCUCACCUGCCACCAUAUUCUGCUUAUGACUUUCAGCAUUCCAGUGUCUUUCCAUCCUCCCCUCCCUCUGGACUUUCUGACGAGCCCCAGUCUACCUCUCCUUCGCCCAGCUACAUGUGGUCCUCAAGCGCACCACCCCGCUACUCUCCACCCUACUAUCCGCCUUUCGAAAAGCCGCCACCUUACAGCCCCUAAAGAGGAAUGCCUGCUGGCUAUAGAGAUUAUUGUGGCUUUUGUAUUUCUGCUUUAGUGGAAGUGUGUACGGUACAAAAUUUAAAGUGAGAUUCUUAUGUGUCAAGUCUUACAACGGCCUGCCAGCCUAGGGAAAGAGAGGGACGAAGCUUCUUCGUUAUCAGUGCAGAGCAGGGGUGGCUAGGCUGAACGCAACACUUCCGAGAAGGGCAGUGCACACUCUCUAAAUGAGCCUGGAGAGCCAGCCCCGCAAGCAGCUUGUGUUGGGACCUGCACUACCUUACAGCGGCUCCAACUUCGUGUUGAGAGGGACUGUGGUUGCCAUCUGUUUCAUUUUGUGUAAACGGAGUGCUGUCCUCAGGCCCUUGGCAGGUUGCCACCCUAGCACCUUGGCAAAAAGAACCUGGCUUGUAGGCCCUGUCUUUCCCCACCACUACUGUCAGUCCCUAUGGAAAAUUUCCGAGAUGAUGGAGCUACAGAGUAGUUCCAAUACAGAGAGUUCUGGCUAAGAUUUAGUUUGCUUGUGUCUGGUGUUGAAAAACACUGCCCACAUCUUACUCCUUUAUUCUCUCUAUUGUAAAAAUGACUAUUGUGAUCAUUCAGCUCAGCUUUUGUUACUGGUACCUCCCAAAGGGAAAAGUGCAAUAUUCCAAGUAGUGAGGAACAUGAGUAAUCAUUCAGGAAGCACUGAAAUACACAGAGCAACAUGUGAGGUUUUCAGUCGAUCUCAGUUAUACAGAUUAACUUAGGGGACAGUGUUUCUACUACAUGUUGCAGUAUUACAAAAUACAUUUGCUACAGGAGAUACAAAUCUUUCGGUUAAAAUUCAGAGGUUCAAAAAUGCUAUAUUAGGUUCUUGGGUCAUGAUACGAAUUGUUACUAAUCUUUCUAUUUACUCUUCAAAUAUUGUGCUUCAACCCCAGCAAACCGCAUGGAUCCUGCAUCCUACCCCAAAAGAAUCAUCUGUAUUUUAAUGCCACUGCUCUUACUAGUCAUUUUUUCUGUUGAGACCAAU